ACCCACAUGUCUCUGUGUAGUUUCAUGGGCAGUGGUGGACAGUAACUAAGAACAUUUACUCAAGCACUGUAGGCCAACUUAAGUAGUCACAAUUUUGAGGAUGGUGGAUGAUGAAGAAAUAAAAAGUGACUGAUGUUUGCACUGACAGAAAUGAUUCAGGUGGUCAUUCAGCAUUCUGCAGUUCAAUUUAAUGACCGCUGUCCAAGGUGCUGAUGCUGAGAUCUUCAUUACACUGGGAGCUGUCCGAGGGACCCGCUGUUUGAACACUGACUGGCAGGUUUCAGUUUUUACGCGUGGUUAAUUCAGCUCUCAUUGUACCGUGAUUUGUCUUUUUGGCAUUUUGCCCUACUCUUGGUCAUAUGUGGAUAUAUCAGGCUGAUGCUCGCAGCAACAAUUAGUGAUCCCGGGCCCCUUGUUUCACACUGGCUUGUUGACUGGCUGGACCCUGUGGGGCCGACCGGGGGUAAACUCUGCGGCCAGACGAUAACAAUUUGCUCUAUCAGAGACAAUCUAGGCGGUGCAGACGCACCCUUCUCUUAUCGUUAUUGGGAAUCCACAAUACUCGUCCGGCCCACCGGCCGCCCACCCAAUCAUAUGCUUCUCGGAGGGGAGCAGGUUGCUUUAAAAACUGCAUCUGGUGCUGGAGAUUUGCUGACCAGCACGGAAAAUCCUUGAGCAGGCAAAAUGGUUGAAUGGACAGACUUCGAGCGCGCCACCAUCCAGGACAUCUUCAGCAAGAUGGAGUAUGAGGUCGUGGGACCUGCAGCUCUUUCCAGGUGUCUGAUCGUCUACCCCUGGACUCAGAGGUAUUUCGGCAACUUUGGAAACCUCUACAACGCAGCUGCUAUCAUGGGGAAUCCUCUGAUUGCAAAACACGGAACAACUAUCCUCCACGGUCUGGACCGGGGUGUGAAGAACAUGGACGACAUCAAGGCAACCUAUGCCGAGCUGAGCGUGCUGCACUCCGAGAAACUGCACGUGGACCCCGACAAUUUCAGGCUCAUUUCCGACUGCCUGACCAUUGUGAUCGCUGCUCGAAUGGGUAAAGACUUCACUGGUGAGGUCCAGGCAGCUUUCCAGAAGUUCAUCGCAGUGGUGGUGAACGCCCUGGGAAGACAGUACCACUAGAGAGCUGCAGCAGAAGACCAUCA